AUGCCGAAUCUAGAGGGGAGUGCAGAGAAGACAGGCUCUUCUGUGCGUAUUGCCUGGGUCGGCAAUCGCGCGCACGAGGCCAUAAGCCUGGAUAAGAAACCUCCUACCAAGCCCGAUGAAGGUCUACUUGCGCAUAUGGACAGCGAAGAUGCCUGCAUCCCGUUCCAGCGCUAUGGGGACUUGAAGCAACCUUGCGCGACAUUCAUAUACAGUUUAGCGCCGCGGCUGGACCCCAAGGAAGUCAUUAUCAACAUGACGUGCCCGGGAAUGGUGAAUACCAACAUGCGCGACGUUCUCCCCCUACAUAUGCGCUUGAUUGUGAAUCUUGUCAUGUCCUUCCGCGCCAAGCCUAUCCUGCAUAGUGCAUCCUGCAUAGUGCACUGGUGGCGGGCCCCAAGUCACAUGGCAAGUUCUUGA